CAGAAAAAAAAUGAACAAGCGGAACAUCAAGACGACAAAGAAAGCAAAAAAAUGAACAAGCGGAACAAGACAGAAAAGAAACGAACAAAAUGGACAUCAAGACGACAAAAAAAGCGAACAAAAGGGACAUCAAGACGACAGAAAAAAACAAAAAAGCGACGACAGAAAAAAAAGCAACAAGCGGGACAUCAAGACGACAGAAAAAAAAAUGAACAAGCGGGA